AUGCUAUCAACAAGUGACGCCAUCGAGGUGGUCCUUCUUGUCAAUAACUCUAGAGGCAGCCUAAAAAUUUCAAAUUCUUUCAAAUGUGUUUUUCUCUCUCUCUCUCUCUCCCUCCCUCCCUAUCUAUCUAUCUAUCUAUCUAUCUAUCUAUCUAUCUAUCUACUUUAUUAUAGGAUAUCACAUUCGAACAUAGAAUUCUAUACACGAACUCGCUGUUCAUCUGACGAUGACUGCAAAAGUGACAAAUGUUGUACCCACAGAAAGACACGUUUGCGAGGCAGUGGAUUUGGGAUUUGUCAGGUUAAGUCCAAGUAUGGAGAAGGUAGGCUUACAAUUACGAUUAAAAAUCUAUCUAUCUAUCUAUCUAUCUAUCUAUCUAUCUAUCUAUCUAAUAUUAAAAAUCUCACUUUCUUUCUCUCCAGCUUGUCAGCCAGAUUACUUAAGACCGAAGCAAUACUGCGAUUGUCGAAUGCCGUACGCUUGUUCUGGAAUCACAGACACUCCAGUUAUGUUUCUGUUAAUAUCGAUUUACCUAGUCCCACUCAUUAUCUAUCUAUCCAUAUCGUUCUCGUCAUUAUCUAUCUAUCUAUCUAUCUAUCUAUCUAUCUAUCUAUCUAUCUAUCUAUCUAUCUAUCUCAUUCGCCUGAUUAUCUAUCUAUCUAUCUAUCUAUCUAUCUAUCUAUCUAUCUAUCUAUCUAUCUAUCUGUUCAGGUUUAUUAG